UGUCGUCCUCCCGCCCGAUCCAUUCCCCGCUCGGCCGCCUCUCCCCGCUCUCUCUCUCUCUCUUUCUCUCGCUCGAAGAAACUCCGUCUCUCGCCGCGCCAACGCCAACUCUCUCUCCAAAAGCUCUCUCUCUCUCCUCAUCACCUCCAUCUCUCGCAGCGAUACUCUCGCCUCCUCUACGGGCAUCUCGAACGCAUCCCGACUCUCGGGUCCCACAUCCAACUCGUCAGCAAGCCAUCCGCCCUCAGGAUCCUCCUCCAUCAGUCGAUUUAUGAGUUCGUUCUUUGAGCCGGCCACACUCAAUCCACGAACUCUGAGUUUGUCCUUAAGCGUCGCCACUGUAAAAUCGGACGGAUUCUUUGCGGUACUCAUCCUAUCUCCUCGUUGACUCGCCGAAAUGUCAAAUCCGCAUCUAAGUCCACCACACUCAGCGUCAUUCGCUCACUCAGAGCCGAUGCAGCCGCACUCAGCACUACCGCACCUAACGUCUUAGUAUUAUCCCGGACGAGCCCCCAAAAAUUUGUAGGUUUAAACGCGGAUUUGGAUUUUAUUUUAAAUAAAUAAAAUAAAGGAUAUGAAUAUUCAACUUCAAUCAAAUGCAGUUUAAUUAUAUAAGUAUAGAUGCGCGUAUACAGUUUCCUUUAUUUCGCGUGAUUCGCCAGGAGAUUUUCGAGCGGCUUGUCUACGCAAGAACACGUCUUUUCUCUUUUGCUGGAAACGGUCUUCUGCCUUCCUUCUCUCCGAAAUCGUCAACAGUCUUUUAUUUUCGGUUAACAUACGCGGAUUAUUCGAGAAGGUCGCCGUAGCAGUUACCUGCUGAUUUUCGCUCGCAAUAACAAGGCUAUUGUCUCGACAACGAACAACACAACACGCUCAAAUAACAGGGGAUAUAAUAAAAUUUAGACAAAUAACCUGUCUCGACAACACGCAUGACGAGACAUAAACAUGUCGGUAGGAUACACUUAUUUUAUUUUAACGGUAAAACUUCUUAAUUCCUACAAUAUUCAACAACAAUAUAAUGACAAGAUGACCUGGCUCGUUGUAAAAUUUGAUGACGAAGAAACAGUAGAAGCUGUUCCGAAUACAUGGUAUAAAAAUUCACAAUGUUAUUGGCCACCUGAAGGCACUGUACAACAUGUCAUAAUAGAUCUAAUAAAGAAGAAACAUCUUCCUACGACAGAUUGGAUGCUUUAUAGAGCGAGUAGUUUGGGCACUUAUGACACUUAUAAAAAAGCGCAUCAAAAGGCAAACAAAGCCAAAAGUACAAACAAUCUUACUUCUAAUAAUGAAGAGUUGAAAGAAAAAAGAAAACGUAAUACGAAAACUAAAAAGCGCAAUAACAAAUCUGAAAGUGAAUCGUCCUCCUCUGAAAUAGAUAGAUCAUCAUCAGAUGAUGAUGCACUAUAUCCUGACGUUCCAAAUUUUAACGAACAAACUGACUCAAACAAUAGAAAGAAAAAUCAAAUAGAAAAUAACACUCAUAACUCUAAAGUUACUGUUGAUACUAUUUCUAAUUCUGGUACUAGUACUCCUAUUUCUAAUAUUGUUGAGUCAUAUCAUAAAAACCCGGCUUUGGAAUUAAAUUCUGAAUUUGGAAAACGGAUUUGUAGAGAAUUACACAUUCUCAGUUUGAAAAUGGAUGAUAUUUCCGAAGGUAUUAAUGUUCUACUAAAAAAUAAAGCAGAUCCAGUACAAAAUGUUGUAUGUAAUGAAAUUCCCGAAAUUAUGCAAUCAUUUCCUGUAAAUGAUAAUUCUUUGGCUGAAUUGGAGAACUGGUUAAUGACAUCUGAAAAUAAUAAAACAAUUUUGUCUCAAAAUUUAAGUCGCAUUGGAGGAUGUACCGUUAAAGAAAUCGUUCGAAGAAUUAUGUAUCGCAUUUUUACCAACGAAGUUGGUAUGUCCUACUCAUGGGAAGGGGCAAAGAAAAAGAAAGUUUUCAAAAAUUUAGCUGUGGCGUCUGUAAUUCUCUCUGCUGUACGUCUUAAUAAAAAUACUCAAGAGUGUACAGAUUCAGAAAUAAUAGGCUUUAUAAAAGCGUGGCUUGUAAGGAGUAAGGAUCGCUUUAAUAAUAAUAAAGACAAAAAUAUAGCUCUUCAAAUAGUUGAAGCAAUUGAAGAGUCAACUAAUCAGCAAUGAAACAGAAAUAUAUAAUAGCGUUUUCGAGCGAGACGCAUUUUGAUCGCUCC